AUGAAAUUGAAAAACGUUGCUCUGGUGGCAGGUUGUGUUAAUGCAGUUGCUGCUGAAAAGUAUUUGAAGUUAGACUUUGAAAAGCAUAGAGCCGAUAUAGAUGAAGAACUUCCAUUGACACACUCUGCUGCUAGACAGCUAAGAAAAAGAGCUAGUGAUGAUUCCGUAGCAUUCCCACUUGUUGCUCAAGAAAACUACUACUCUAUUAACUUAGAGGUUGGUACACCACCACAAAAUGUGUCUUUGCUAUUAGAUACUGGUUCUUCAGAUAUGUGGGUGAUUGGCUCUAAUAACGGUUACUGUAAGAACUCUGACAAUAAGUCCAGGAAUCUAGACGCGCUAGGAAGCAACAGGUUUGCCAAGCGUGCAAGUUCCGUUGCAUCGGCUUCCCCUUCCUCAGCCACUGACUCUGAUGGUGGAGAUGAUGGAGACGAUAGUGGAGAUGCGGAACAAUUUUACCCAACAGCUGCCUCCGAAAUUCCGGCUGCUGCUAAAACACUUGAUUGUCAAUCACUGUCAUUAUUUGAUCUCGAGAAAUCUUCUUCCUUCAAAUCCAACUCCACUCCUUUCUUCACAAGUUAUGGUGACAACAGUUAUGCAUCUGGUUUGUGGGGUACUGAUGACGUUCGUCUAGGUAACUUGAGCAUAGCAGAUGUAUUCUUUGCGGUAGCAAACUUUUCUAAUAGUAGCACAGGUGUGUUAGGUGUAGGUUUACCUGCACUGGAGUCCUACAAUCCUGCAUUGAGUGACAACUUCAAUGUCAGUGAUUACCUACCAGUUAAUGCUAGUGAUGCUGAUAUCGACAAUAUUAGCAAACCAACAUAUGCAAAUUUCCCACAAAUACUGAAACAAAAAAAUGUCAUUGAGAAAGUUGCGUAUUCUCUGUUCUUGAAUGACACCAAUGCUACUAAUGGUCAAAUUUUAUUUGGUGCCGUUGAUCACAGUAAAUACACGGGUUCAUUGAGUACGCUACCUUUAGUCAACUCUCUAUAUGUUGAAGGUAUCAAUGACACAACUCAGCUAGAGAUAACUUUGGAUGGUAUGGGUUUGAAGAACUCGCAGGGACAAUUUACAAUUUAUAACCAAAAGAUGCCAGCUUUGUUAGAUUCUGGUACCACAGUGUCCUACCUUCCAAUUGAUCUUCAUAGUCUAGUUGCAAAGCAACUAAAGGGUAUUGUUGAUCCACAGACCGGAUUCAUCGAGCUGAAGAACUGUCCAGCUAAGAACGACAAUACUCAACUUGUUUUUAACUUCGGUGGUGCUUUUAUCUCCAUCAAGUAUACUGAAUUUAUCGAAAAAAGUGACGAUGAUAAUUGUUAUGUUACAUUUAUGCCACAAGGUGAGCCAGGAAUCCUACUGGGUGACAACUUUCUAAGAAAUGCAUACAUCGUUUAUGAUCUUGAAGACAUGGAGAUAUCUAUCGCACAGGCAAACUUCAACGGCGGAGCAGAAAAUAUUGAAGCCAUUGUUAAGAAUGUUCCAAGUGCUGUAAAGGCACCUGGUUACUCUGCAAGUUUCACUGAGUUCCCAUCUUCUUAUGCCACUACAGGCAAUAUAUUCUCUGGGUACAACUCUACAAACAGCACUGGAUCGGCGGGUUCCAAAACCACAAUGACUUCUUCUAGGACAAGCAGAAACACAAACACGGCAUCUGCAGCAGGCAAUUCUUCGUCAUCAACUAGAGCCAAGAAGAAUGCCGGUUUUGCUCACGAAGUACCCGUGUCCGCCAUCUCUGUCAUCAUGGUGUUUAACAUCCUACUCUCCAUGCUAUUAUAA